AUGCCUCUUUUUUGUUUGUUAAUUUCGCCCGACCAAGAUAGCAUCAUCGGUGUGAUGGAUGCUACACUGAAUCUGUGCUACUAUCAGCGUUUUGGCAUUUUUUAUAGAAAUUUCGUAUGUUCAGAUGAAGGUGACUCACGUUUCUACGGAGACACAUGCGUACUCGAAUAUCGCCGCCGAACGGAUGGCAUGGUCCUGGAGAACAACGACACGAUGGAGAUCCCAGUUGCGCUGACCCGUUUCUUACACCCAAACCUUAAAUUUGACGUGGUCACGACGAAGACAUUUUUAUCGAUGCUAUGCAGAUUCAUCGAAAAUGAGCAUCGCUUCUAUCGCUUCGACGUCGAGCGCAUUGGGAAUACGAUAUUUAUCCAGGACCUGCCCUAUGGAGAUGCUCGCCCUUUCAAGACAUACAUCCAGGGUGCACUUGACAUUCUAACGGGCCGGUAUGUUUCAAUAGCGAUCCGACUGAAAGCGAGCAGCACGGUUCUAUAA